AUGGCGUCCCAAGGGGCAAUGUGGGGUCUCACGACCCUGCGAUUCCUGAGGUUCGCCGUGGCUAAAACAACAAAGGCGGUUCGCAUCAAGAUCGCGGACGCUACGAGACCCCUUCAAGGCCAAGUACAAGCCAUUCCUGUGCGAAGCGGAUAUACCGGACGCCAGAGUAUUCACCCAGUGGCGCUAUCGAAACGGCAGAAACGCGGUUUAAGGUGGUUCUCUGGUACUACUGCCCAAGACAUCAAUCAUCUAGUCCGGCGAUAUAUCAGCUCGGAGCGUACAGGGGCCUCUCGAUUCGACAGAUCUAAGCUUCCUUCCUCAAACACAUCCCGGAGAGUUGCCCAGUUCUCUGGACGUGCUCCAUUCGCAAACACGCUACGGCCCAAUCUCACUGGUGGUGCCAUGCCACGAACCGCCGGAGGAUACAGUAUUGGUGGCGGAGCGAGAUACUUUUCUCACACACCUGCAGCUCCAGCCCAGGUCGUUCAAAAUGUUUCUCAAGCAAUGAGAGGAUUCCUCCUUUCCGGCAAGAAGCUCCGAUACGAUGGUAUCGGACCUCAUGGGGAGCGCCGAUAUCGUGCCGUGUCGAUGCUUGAAGACGAAGCUAUGAACAAGCUGGCUGCCGUCCCCAGUUUCACUCCUGGCUCCUUCAUCGACUUCCAGAUGAGUCCCAUCAUCACAGCCCUGAGCCCCCUCGCCGCCGCUGUCGUUCGUGCCUCCGGCGAUUCCAUGUUCCGGACUGAGGCAGUUGUUGAGUCCAUGGUUCUCGAUACGGAAGGGUUCCUCGAAGUCCUGUCUGUAGACUUGCGUCGAGCACGGAAGCAUUUGAAGGCAGUCAUGUCCGACCUGCAACGGUUAAAAAUGUUGGGAGGGCUACCUGUUUCGUUGGAACCAGGCGGCAAGCUUCGUGUUCGCUUCCCAGGUACAGACGCUACAUCGGUUGAGCGGCUCUGUGACGACAUAGGGAUCGAGCGAGGCAUCAUAGGCCAGGAUCCUGGCUUUGAUUCCGUCGCCCAAGUCCGGGUAGCUCUCAAAUUUCCAUUCGCACCAGAAUCCGAGCGAACGAUCAGCUCACCUGGUGGAUCAGCCCGAUCGCUGACCGGUUACGAGCUUGAUGACGGAGAGUCUUUAUUGGAGGACGACUCUUUCGUGAGAGAGGCAUUUGCAUGCGAAAUGGCGGAGAGCCCAUGGGCCUCCGAACCCGAAGGCUAUGAGAGCAUGUCACCACCAAUCCAGUCCCCAGAGAGUCUGCCGAACGAACUUUAUCGUUAUGACGAAAUAUACCGAUUUUUGGAGGAAUGUGACCGAGGCAAAGGCAGGCUGGGGUGA